AUGAAGUCGCUCUGCUCAGGCGCAAUGGCUUUGGUGACCUGCGUUAUUGUUCUUGCUGUCAUGAUAUCCAUCACCACGUUUGCGUACACAGCUAACCCCAAGUACUGGUGGUCUACAACCGGACUCCAGCAAGUUUGCGGCAACGACCCUCUCCCCGAGACCAUGGUAUUCACCGAGCACCACCAAUUCAUGAAUUUGUCGCAUGACGCCGAUGUCUACUGGGGCAAGCUCACGACGCCUAAUGGCGGCUUCGUCAGGCAGCCAGACACAGAGGGUGUCGUGAGGAAACAUGGAAUCAGCAUGUUUCAUCAGCUACAUUGCUUGCAAAUGAUAAGGGCGGAAAUUCAACGAUUGAUGCAUUUGAAACAUUAUCAUGACGCUCAAGCACCGGGAGAAGAUAAGAACAUCGAAGAGAUAUUGAACGAUGAGGCACACUGGACGCAUUGUCUGGAUUAUAUACGCCAGGCUCUGCGAUACCAGGAUGACUGCCACGUGACAGGGGAGCGUCUCCGCUGGGGUGAGAUGGAAGAAGAAGUGUACACGCACACGCAGGAGCAGCGUUGGAUCAUCGCAGACCUUGGCGUCUUGAGGUUUCCAACAAGGCUUCGCGGCCUAGGUGCUGCUGUUCGUGCUAGUUCUGCUCGAAGCGGGUGGCACGGAGGUUCCACGGUGACGGGUGUCGCAGAGGCAGUCAUUGAGGCAGCUUUGUUUCCAAUCGCCUUCCCUUCGGAAGCUCUCACAACACUCGGUACUACCACUGCUGAUCACAGCACUCCGACGCUGUAUCCAACAUGCCCUUCACUUCUAUGGCAAGCCCUCAGCACUGGAUCCUUUGACAGGCUCCGAAAGACCAACAAGCUUCAGAGUCGACUAAAUCCACAGAAGUGCGGAAAAAGUGAGAGCCUCUAUGCGCCCGAACCUUUUUUACGACUCACCAUGACCGGAUUUGAUGAUCUUCCGAAUGAGAUUAUCCUGGAGCUGUGGCACCACGUCCUCCCUCCACAUGACAUCGCAAGCUUUGCUCUGGUCUCAAAACGAAUCUUCGCCUUUGCUAAACCGUCUUUGAAAGAGCACCAUCGCUUGAAAUCGGAAUAUUCUAUCAUUGAAAAUGACCGAAGCUGCGAUGGUAGCAUGUUGGCGCAUCUACUGAAAGACGUUCUACUCAAUCCUCACAUUGCUUUCUACAUCGAGAAAGUCUGUAUCUGUGACUGGCGCACAUGCUGGGAAGAUCCAAAUCGUGGUGUUCCCUGUCGUCUGGAUCUGGAGGUAGAUGACGUGCAGAAUUACGUCUGGCAUGUACCGUAUCCUGAGCGGGACAUGGAAUUAUUCAGGAAUGGCAUUCGAAAAGCGAAACAUGUGCUCCCUAGUGAGAUCGACGUUUGGAUCAAACUCCUUGAGAGUGGGCACGAGGAUCCAACCCUGGCCCUCUUGCUAAGUCUUCUCCCAAACCUCUGCACGCUUUCGCUCGAAGACCCCCCCAAACGAACUCUCUUAUUCACUAGCAUUCGCCGGAUGGCCCAGAAUGCCCCUUCAACAUCAUUUCUCAAACUGAGGAGCUUCCACCUGGCCGACAGCGUUUCUGAGCGAAACGAGGGCAUAUCUCUCGUAAAGCUAUUUGCACUGCAACCUUCCAUGGAGAAGAUAUCAUGUUUCGAUGUCGACAAUGUUCGUCAAAGACGUGGUAUUCCCGACUGCCUCAUAGCUCCUCAAAGUUCUAAUGUGACCGAAUUGGUCUUUGACUCAUGUGGCGCGAUUGGGAAGCACAUUCCUGUACUUCUCGAAGGAAUCAAAAGGCUGAAGAGGUUUACAUACGUCGCGCUCGGUAAGACAGUCGAUGCCUUCAGGAUAAGAUCCGCCCUUCUCAAUCAUUGCCGACACUCUCUAGAGUAUUUGAAGAUGAGCUACCAUGACGGAGAAGGAAAUUACAUGGGCAAUCUGCGCUUGUUUGAGAACUUGAAAGUGCUCCAUAUUACACACAGCCUCUUAGUGGAUCCAGAUGCCGGUGACGACUUGAACAUGGCAGACUUGUUGCCUAUCUCCAUUGAGACUAUUGAUACGACUGGCCAAUCCCGUCGGAUAGUCAGCCACAUUCGCCCAUUCAUCAGAAGUCUAGUGAAUGCCAAACGCACACGACUGUCGAAUCUGAAAACACUAAAGUAUCGGUUCUACGAUCUCUUCGACUCCGGCAAUCGCAUGCAUCUCAUCUUCACCGAUAUGUGUCGGUUAUGUCAGGCGAAUGGUGUUCAAUUACAAUUUGACCUCGUCUUCCUGCUCCCAAUUCUCAUCUUCUGA